ACGACAUCGUUUGCUAUCACCAACAUAAUCCCUUCAUCUCUUCCCAUCCUCUCAAAACCCCCCGCACUGCAACUGAAGCUUAAUUUAUCCGUUUUUUCUCCAAACUCGAAACCACCAUGGCCCUUUCUAUAUCCUCUCUCACGUCUUCGUUUUCUUCUCUCUCAUUUUCCUCCCAAAUUUCUCAGCAACCAAACACUUCUCUCUCAUUUAAGCAAUCCAAAUCCAUAUCCAUUGCGCCAAUCUUUAAAACUCCUAAACUAGUUGUAUCCGCCACAGUAGCUUCCCCGGCUGAACGAGAAACAACAAAUCUCAAGAAGUACGUUAAAUCGCGACUUCCUGGUGGAUUUGCCGCGCAAACUAUAAUCGGGACUGGUCGCAGAAAAUGCGCCAUAGCUCGCGUGGUCCUACAAGAAGGCAACGGACAGGUCAUCAUCAACUAUCGCGACGCUAAGGAAUAUCUUCAAGGAAAUCCACUGUGGCUACAGUACAUAAAAGUCCCAUUGGUAACUUUGGGUUAUGAAAGUAGCUAUGAUGUGUUUGUCAAAGCUCAUGGAGGUGGCCUAUCUGGUCAAGCUCAGGCAAUAUCGCUUGGCAUUGCUCGUGCAUUGUUGAAGGUGAGCGAGGAUCAUAGACCCCCUCUAAGAAAGGAAGGGCUUCUGACCAGGGAUUCUCGAGUAGUAGAGAGGAAGAAAGCUGGUCUCAAGAAAGCCCGUAAAGCACCACAAUUUUCCAAGCGUUGAGGUUGGAGUUGCAUUGCAAUGCACUUUUAUUUGUACACCUAUUUCUGUUGUGUAUCUAUGAAGAGUCUCUUACAUUUCAAUUCCUGAAGUAUGUACUUUAGAUUCAGAUAUCAUACAAUUUUUAAAAGCAUCUUUGGUAGAUGGUUAACAUAAUCCAAAUAUUCCUGGCAAUUUUGUGAA